AUGGGUUUCUUCAGCAGUCCUCUUUUCAAUCCCGAAUACAAGACCAAAGCCCAUAUAGGCCAGUUUGUCUUGAUUGCUAUUAUCAUAGCCCUCGCCAUCGGCAAAAUUGCGACAAAGCCCAGCUACAUUCCGAUGAACCGACUGGAUAUGAUUGGCAUCAGCAUGAGCGGCAAAACGAUCAUCGUCAUUGCGUACCAACUUUUGACCGAACAUGUCUCCCGAUUCCAAAAGUGGGCUAGUCUAAAAGCCUACGCGAUACUCAACACAUUAGAGGUUUUCCUGUGGUUCGUAGUAAUCAUCUUGACGCUUUGGGGUAUUUCCAUGGUUUGCGUUGGAAUUAGCUGCGCUUUCGGCUGGCUGGUGGCACUCAUGUGUCUGGUGAUGACCCUCGCCAGCUUCUGGAUGGCUGUUGUGAGUUGGAAAGAGGUCCGAAGCGCCAAGGACUUUGGUAAACAAGGUCCUGGGGUUAUCCCUUCGCAUCAACCCUACAGAAUGCCUGCUUAUUCAUCAUCCAGUCAGUCUAUGGCAAGGUAG